UAACUAAUUAGAGCUUGCUAACUAAAUCUGGGUAUCACUAGUGAACCUCAACAAUACAAUAGGAGUCUUAUUUGGGGCAUACAUAAGCAAAAACUAGCUGGUGUUAGCUCCUUGAUAAGCUUCUGCAUGGCUAGUUAGCCAGCUAACAGUUGUUAGCACAGUGAGCCGUGAAGCUAAUGCUACUGUACUCUACUUCCUUCCUUCCUUACUUACUUAACUUAGGCUUUAAAACAGCUAUCCUGUCAAGAUGAGUCUUGACACACUCUACCACCAAAUCCUCCUGAGUGAACAACAACUGACUGAACGGACACAAAAAGUAAAAGAAGUCAAUGUGGCCAUCAUCAGGUGCAAUGACAAAAUCAAAAGCACCACUGAAAGGUAUGAAAAGACAAAGGGGGAACUUGAAGAAAAGGCUCAACAGUUGUCUGUGAUGAGGCUGCAGCAUGACCUGCUCAAGAAACAUGAAGACCAGGUGUUGAAGCAAAUCCAGGAGCUGCUCUGCCAGAAGAGCCACCUCCGAGAAAAACUGGCCGAAUUAAGAAAGGAGUGGAAAGAAGAAGAGCAACGCUUCCUUCAUGAGAUCUCAAGGUUCAACAGUGACUUCAGCCUUCGAAGAAACAGAGAAACCGUGUUCGAGAGCCAGAGACACUCAGAGAUCCUGGACCUGGAAAGGGAGGUGGAAUCAUUAUACAAAGAGAUGGAGCAGAUGAGACGUGGGAAUAGUCACAUGAGCUCUCUGUUGGAGGAGAAGAGAGAGCUCGAGGUGGAACUACAGGACCUGGAUAACAGCCGGAAAGACCUGGAUCGGCAGCUGACUGCGGCUGAAGAGACGACAGAGUCUCUGAGAGCAGAGAGCCUGUUUGUCAGCAAGAAGCCUCUCACUGACAGCACCUGUCUCAGAUUGAGGCAGGAGCUGGAGAAACAUAAAAAUGGAGAACUUGAACUGCUGCAAGAGGCACUGAGCUCAGAAAUACAGCUCCUGCAGGCGGUGAGUGGCUUUUGUUCAGGUGAACAAAAACAAAACAAAAGAUUAUUUCAUUCGCAUCCUUCCAGGAUCUCACAAGUUUUAAAACAGUUCUCAUUCUUUAGUGGUUCUUUAUGAGCUUUCGUUCACGUUGUCUUUUUAUAUUAUUUAUUACAGAAGUUGGACAGCAGCCACGGAAGUAAGCAGGGUUAGGUUUGAUGACACAGGAAGUUUAUUAUAAAUUCAUUCUCUCAGUCUAGUAAGUGAAGGUAUAGUCAUGUGUUUCUCUGUGUUUACUCUUCAUAUUUAGCUCACACAGUGUAUCGACUGACAUGUUGAUGUAGCUCGUUCAUAGAAAAGCUAAAACAAACAACUACGUUAAUUCAUUCAAAAAUGAAAUGUUUUUGAUUUUCUUCUACCUGUAUAUUACCUUGUCUUUAAGUCCUUGUUCUAAGGUGAAAUGCUGAAAAAAAUGAGUCUAUACUGCCCCUUUGUGUACAAAAAGUAACAUUGCAAAAAUCAGUCUUUCACACUGAACAACAUGUCAGCAUAUAUGAGUUAUAUUAUAAUUCAAUCUUACUAGAAAAAGUGUUAGUUUAAUUAAAACAUUGACAUGUUGUGCUUUUGUAAUAAAAUAAAAAGACUAAGUCGCAUUAAAAGGCCAAAUUAGCACUUGAGAACCCUUAAGAUGAUGUGGCAAUUCCAUUGUCCAUGUGCUUAUUAUUUCAAAAUAAAACAUGUAAUAUUUGAUGCUUUUGUACUUGGAAUCCAUCUACAGGAAUCACACUAUAAUGUUGUGGCUUAUCUUUGAAUAGCGUGUGUUUUCAUUUCACUCUGAACCAGCAAUAAGAGGAUGCCACUAUGACUUGUUUUUGAAGGUACAUUAUUAUAACAUCUGCUGCCACCCAGUGACAGACAUGUGAUAUUACAGUUCCUCACCAUUAAUCCCUCAGUCCACAGAGAGUUAUUUGUGUAAUGGCUGAUUAGUCACUGUGAGGGUCAUCCUCUCUCUGAUUAGACUGAUUCUUAAUGCAAUGAGUGGAAUGUCAAUGACUUCCUAACGAGAACCUGCAUUGUCAUUUGGACGUCUUAACCUU